AUGUUUGAACAAUCAAAUUUGCCUGAAUCUGAGAUAUCUGAUAGCAAUAUGAGUGAUGAUGCAAAUAAUUACUUUAACUGGUCUGAAAAUAAAUCAAAAGUGGAUCUUUCAUUAGAGCAAGAAAUAACAAGGUAUUUGUCAAAAAGUCCUACAAAAAAUCUUAAUACAUUGAAUGAAAUGCCCACAGUUAAAAAAGUAUUUUUAAAAUUUAACACACCACUUCCUAGCAGUGCUGCUGUGGAACGCAUAUUUAGUAUUGGUGGUGCUGUUUUAUCUAAAAAAAGAGGUAGGAUGAAUGAUAAAAAUUUUGAAAAUGUAUUAAUGUUAAAGUGUAAUAAAUCAUUAAUAUAA